AUGCCCAGCUGGCUUUUCGAACAUGGGCACUCGUCGUCGGCUAGCACUCAGGCGGCAGCGAUGACCCCCUCGACGCUCCCCGUCGUUGAUUUCGUCGACGACAAGCAUAUCCAUCACCCGGCCACCCCUCCGAACAAUAGCAAAAUUCAGUUGCCUCCCCCCGUUCUGCAAAAGCCUCGCUCAUAUCUCUCGCGAACGAAUUACGGCUACUUACGAGCUCUCAAGUCUUUUUGGGCGAGGACGAGAGGUCCUUCGAAUCCACAGUACCCCCCGUCUAUGGUCGCAUCGGUAAAUGAUAGCCUUCAGGAGAGUCACUUCGAGCCAUUUCAGCUGGAUUCCGAUGGUGGCAACCAGGAGGUCGACGAAAUUGUUGUCGAUCAACCAUGGUCGGAUACUUACGAACCCAUUGUCUCGCUCCCGAAAGACACUGCCGGCGACGUUGCUGAACCAAUCGUGACCAAACGCCGUCCUACAAGCUUACUGGGGAGGACUUUGCGAUGGAUGAUGGAGCGGUAUCGGGAUUUUUUCAGUUCGAGAUUUGAUGAUGUGGAAAUGGAGCGACGGUUCUCGGAGGAAAAUUGGGAUUCACAAAGGCGCCCCGCAUUCUGGUCGGCCAUAUUCAUGAUCAUCAAUUGGGUACUUGGGUGCGCGUUUAUUGUGCAGCCUAUGGUGCUGGCGGACAAGAUAUUCUACUUUCUGUUCGGACCACUGCUCUCCAUUCCUUUGAUAUGGAUGAUAAUGAUCGGCUUCCCGCUCAAGCAUCCCAUCACUUAUCAGAUUUUCCUGUGUGCAUCUAUAUGGUCCUGGAGUUUCUAUCAAGUCCUUUUCUCAUUCCUUUGCGGUUACUACGGUGUCCCUCAAGGAUCAUUCUCAUGUGGCACGAGGGAUUUCCUAACGAUAUUCUACUAUACAUCAGCCCUUCAAACAGUGGCACUCUUCGGCCUCGGACUGAAGCGAUUUCCAGCCGCCCUUGGUGCACUGAUUUUUUUCGUCGUCCCUAUUAACAUCCUGGAACGCAGGUCCAGCGGCAUGAUUCUCAAUUUCAAGAUCAGUUGGAUCCGAAACUCCAUCAAUUUUGCGGUCUAUGAAGCGGCGCUCAUCUAUAUGCACUGGCAGCGAGAACAUGUAGGUGGCACAUCAUCUUCUCCGCCGAUGAGCCCGAAUUAA